CAAUCAGUACUUCCGUAUUCUGAUUAUAAAUAUGUUUUCUGCCAUCGUUUACCAAUUUCACCCAGAGUUUUCAUAACCUUGUGUAACAUGCGUAUAGAAACGUGUUAUUUUUGUUCUUCCCGGAUUUAUCCGGGACACGGAAUUCAAUUUGUUAGAAAUGAUUGCAAGAUAUUCAGAUUUUGUCGCGCAAAAUGUCAUGCAGCAUUUAAGAAAAAGAAAAAUCCAAGAAAAGUCAAAUGGACCAAAGCAUAUAGGAAAACAGUUGGUAAAGAAUUAGCGAUAGACCCAUCUUUUGAAUUUGAGCGAAGAAGGAACAUUCCUGUCAAAUAUAAUAGAGAAUUAUGGACUAAGACUGUCGAUGCGAUGAAGAAAGUAGAAACAAUAAGACAGAGGAGACAGAAUUUACACGUAAUGCAGCGGUUACGAAAAGGACGCGAAUUAGAAAGAGAAAGAGACAUUAAAGAAGUUCAACGUGAUUUAUCUCUUGUAAGAUCACCUGCUGCUGGACUUAAAGAAAGGAAUAAAGUAGAAGAAGCUCCAGAACAAGAAGAAAGGAUGCAAGAAUCUAGCGAUGACCAAGAACCACAAGAAAUAGAAUUGAAUUAAUUGAAUCGGUACAUCAAAUGAUAGCAUCUCUUAAAGUAAAUUAUGUUUGACUACUUCAUGUAUUCGUAAUACAGACAAAGGAUAGACGAAAUUUUGAUUACUUCAUAAAAAUAUA